ACAAUGUUGAUGUCCAUACCAGAGACCACCAGUGCCUGGGUGUGGCCAACCUCAGGUUUGUUCCCAAGAAAACAGGACUCAGGCCCAUUGUCAACAUGGGCAGACAAGAGAAGACUGACAUGAGCAGCACAGGAACCUCCAUCAACUACAAACUGCAGAACCUGUUCAAAGUGCUGACAUACGAGAAGGAAGCAGCGCCAGGCAUGCUGGGAGCAUCCGUGUUUGGGACAAACGACAUCUACAAGAGGUGGACAGACUUUGUGGUCAAGCGCAAAGCUGCUGGGUGCACAGAUCCCCUGUACUUUGUGAAAGUGGAUAUCCAGCACUGUUUUGACAGCAUCCCUCAGGACAAACUUCUAGAGGUUAUGGCCAGUGUGCUCUCCAGAGGGUGUGACUAUUUAAUCAGGAGGUAUGCAAAAGUGGUAGCCACAAGAAAGAAUGUUCAGUGCACCUUUGAGAAACACAUUGCUGUGUUGGAUGACUUCAUCCCCUGCUUCAAGGCCUUCGUGUUACUGCAGAACCAAUCAGGGAAGAUGUAUGACGCCAUUGCUGUUGAUCAGGUGAUUCAGCACCAUGCAUCUCCCACCGUGAUGUUGAGGCAGUUACAGCAUCAUGUACAGAACAACGUGAUCCAGAUCGGGGGGAGCUACUACCGUCAGAUCAGCGGGAUCAGUCAGGGAUCCUGCCUGUCCACCCUGCUCUGUAGCUUCUUCUACGCUGACAUGGAGAGGAGACAUCUCUGUGGCAUGGACACAGAUGGGUUGCUGCUGCGUCUGGUGGAUGACUUUCUGCUGGUGACCCCACAUCUGGACCAGGCUACAGCCUUCCUCUGUACCAUGUUGGAUGGUAUCCCUGAUUAUGGGUGCAGCGUACAUCCGGACAAAGUCCUGACCAACUUCCCUGUCCAGCACAGGAAUGCUGUGGUGACAUGUCAGCCAGCAGUCGGCUGGUUCCCGUGGUGCGGCAUGCUGUUCCACACUCUCCUGCUAGGGGUCAUGAGAGACUACACAAAAUAUGCCAACCUGAGUAUCAGGUACACUUUGACCUUUGACCUCCACCAGACUCCCGGUCAGGCCAUGAAACAGAAGCUGAUUAACACUGUCAAGGCCAAGUGUCACGCCUUCUUCCUGGAACCCAAGGUGAAUUCAGCAGCUGUGAUUCAACAGACUCUCUACAAGGCAUUCCUGUUCACAGCCCACCAGUUCCACAGCUACAACAGCUGUCUGCCCUCCAGGUGCAGGGCUCAGGACAACCCUGCAUUCUUCCUCACAAUGAUCAUGGACAUCUGCCAUUACCCCCUUCUACUGGUUGAUGCAAUGGUGGCAAAGGAAGUGAUGUCAGGGCAGCUUCCUGUAUCCCAGGAUGCAGUGGAAUGGUUGUGCCUGCAAGCCUUCAAGUCCAAACUGUCAUCUCACCGAUCAGUUUACUUCUCACUGCUCAAACGUCUGGAGAAAUGUAUCAGGACCUUGGAGAAGAACUUGGACUGUAAGGAACUGCAGCAGGUAACAAGCCAACAGAGUGUAGCAGAGUUCCAGUCCAUCCUUGCCUAACUGAUGGUUGAAAAACUUGGACAUAGCUUUCUUCAGCAACCUCCAGAUGCAGCAUAACAGAGAUUCAAACAACACCAACCCCACAGUUGUUACCUCCUUUAUUUUCUGUUAUGCAAAUAAUGGUUCUGAAAGAACAUAAAAGAUCGGAUAUGGACACAGAAAAUAUCUGUACAUGCUCAGCUACAAUUAUCAGAUGCUGUCUUGUAAAAUAUUACCAGAUGAGACUCGAGCUAUGCACAAGAAUUGUCCCAACUUUGCUUAUCUUUACAACAUCUCUCAUGCACUAUAAUAUUGUCUCCAUUUGUUCUGUUGUCAGUAAAGAAAACAUUUCCAAAACAAAAAUA